GAUGCAACUUAAAACUUUUUUAUAUAAAAUUAAUUUUUUUCCGUUUCAAUAUUUCUUACGUUGUUAGUCCAAAGCUCCGCCACGCGUUAAUUCUUUGUCCGUUUCAAUUUCAAUUUCAACAUUCCUUCCCAUUUAUUUUCCGGGAAAAUCAAAUUCCCAAACCCUAACUAAUUGGGAAAAAAAAUAAAUUCACGAUGAACAUCUCGCUAAUCGCCGAUACAGCUACCAUAGCUGCACAACAAACCCUAUGUUCUGGAAACUCGCUGCUCCUCCAUCGCCAAAACUGCAUCAACCUCGCAGAUCAAUCCUCCCAAAUCUGCGCCGCCAUUGUCGAUGCCUUGGCCUCGCCCCCUGUCAAAUCCAAGACCUCCCGUCGCACCAUCCUCCGGAAACGGCGGCGGACCAGGAGUAGAUCGAAAACUUAUGGAGAUGCCGGCGAUUGGGGAGAGGAGUAUGGUUUUUUUGGCGGUGGAGGCGUCUGGGGCGGUUUUGGUGGCGGCGGCAGGGGGUGGAUUUUCGAUAAAUUCGGAGGGCAUGAUUGGGAUGAAUCUUCGGGGUGGUUUUCCUCGCGGUCUUCGGAUUUUGCUUACGGGUUUGUUUAUGAGGUGAUGUAUUGGAUUGCCUUGUAGAAUUGCGUGCAUUUUGCGUUUAAGAAGGUUGUUAGGCUCGUGGGUGAUGGCAUUGGUGAUACCGAGAGAGGGAAAGUGGUGCCUUUGAGAUUGGGUACCAUUUGCUUAUUCGGUAACUGAAAGGGUAUUAUAGAACAUCUUUUCUACAAUGCAAUGUACAUAUUGUAUAUAAUUCUUCACAUUUUUUUUAAAUGAAUAAUUUGUGAUUUGGUUCUAUGCGUA